ACUGUGCUGCUCCUAUGGCGGACUCUCCUCUUAACAACUCCUGGCCAUCCUUCUCCAGACUCUGGAUGAAGAGAUGGUCCUUCAAGAGAGCAUCAGAGAGCAAGCCCUGCAGUCAGCCCUGUGAGCCUCCCAGUGCUCAUCUCAGUGUCCAGCCUACCAGUGCAAAAGGAUCUUCCUCCUCAUUAUCUCCUGCUUCUAUCACUGAGGAUGUCUCCUUUGGUUGGACCAGUGAUGACCAGGAUGCGUGUUCGGUGGUGAGCGACUAUGACUGCCCCUGCAUCGAGGAGAGCAGCAGUGUGGAGGACUUGCAGAGCAUCAGCCCCUCUCUCAGGGACUCUGAGUACUUAAAAGAUCUGCAGGGAGGUACGCCGACCUCACAGACAACUGCAUCCACAGUGACCGCAGCCCCGGAGAGCGUCGACCUCCAGGAGCCUCUAAACACAAACAGUCCAGCCCUAAACAGACCUGCACACUCUUUUCUGACCACGCACUCCCCACAGUUAAAUGCACCGUUCCCGUCCUACGAACAGCCUGCAGAGGAACUUCCUCACAACCUUGUGGUCACUCAGCUCAGUCCUAAGUUGUUACCAGGUGGGUUCACUGAUUGCGAGGACUCUCUCUGGGGAGGCUCUGCAGUAGGGCGGAGCUCGCCAAAUAAUUUGAACGGAUUGUCGGGAUCAAUGGAAACGGCAUCGACAGCAGCGAUGGAGGGAGCAAAGGACCAGUCCUCAAUGGAUUUUGAUGGAGAGCCAGACCUGGACAGCUUUCCUAUUCUAAUCAGAUCCAUGUCUACAUCUCGGAGGCACAGCUGGGGUGUCCCUCUGUCCCCCAUCAACCUGGGGAGGAGACUCAGUCUCGACACCAAGGCCAUAGACAGUGACGGAGAGAGAGAUGAUGAUGACGAGGAGCGACAUAGUCUUUUCCAGUCCACCUACAGCUGCUCACCGUGUCCUGAGGAGGACUCCGGCAGUCCCGAUGGCUUCAGCCUGAGGGACCACGGUGAGCCCGGCAGGCAGCUAUACUCCCGCUCAGAGAUCCUUGCUACAGACGAUUGCUCCCGUGCUGCACACAUUUCUCGUGUUGUACAGACAUCCAAACAGGCUGCCAGGGCAGCAGGAGCUGAGGAAUUUGACCCAGAAGAAAACCUGCAUUCUACUGAAGGACAGACGCAUAUAGAGAAGCAGAGAAACAGCAGAUCAGACACCAAAGAUUCAGGAAGUGUCACUUGGUACGAGUUCCUCUCUAACGAGAAUGAAGAAGAGGAGGAUCGUAUAGAGAAGGUGGAAAGGGGCACAAAAGUAAAAAGGACUCUGAGCUCUCUCAGGAACAGGAUGACCGGCUCCUUCAAUAAAGAUAAGGGUAAGAACCGCGAAAAAGAGCUUCAGAAAGAGAAGGUGAAGGACAAGGACAGGGAGCCCAAAGAGAAAAUGUGUGGCAUUCACAGCAAUGGGCAUCAUUUGGUGCCAGGUUCCUUCUCCAGUUGUGCCACGUGCUCAUUGUGCAGCAAGGCGCUGCAGAAAAAGCAUGGCCUGCAGUGCACGAAUUGCGCUGUGAACGUUCACAAGAGCUGCAAGUCUCUGCUGGGGGAGUGCACCAGCAGCAAGAAUAAGAGAGAUACGCUACCGAAGACUGGCUCAUCGGGAUCUCCUAACCUUGCGCUAAAAGACCGGGACAGAGAGUGGGAUCAGGCAGGCCCAGCCGCAUCUCAGGCCCUGGAUGGCCAUCGAGGUUCAUUCAGUGGCCCAGGCAUGACCAUUAGUGCGUUGGGAUCUAGCGCUUCGCAAACCGCCCUCGCCACCAGCACUUCCACGGCUGCUACCUCCAGCAUUGGCUACAGCCUUCAUUACAACAAUAGUUCAGUAUCCCUCCCUGGGGAGAUGGAUGAGACGGACACUCCCCGCUCCAAACGCUACAAUGAAGACGCGAUUUCCCUCGCUCCUUCGACCACCGAGUCCAUCAUUGUAGAAGACGCUCACUAUGCAGCUGUGCGGGCUGAUCUGGAGUCUGAUGCUCAGGAUUUGGAGGCAGACUCGUGGAGUUCGGCGGUUGAUCAGCAGUAUCUCAAAAAGCACACUAAAGAAACGGCGAAGAGACAAGACGUGAUAUACGAGCUGAUGCAGACAGAGAUGCAUCAUGUGAGAACUCUGAAGAUAAUGCUGCGCGUCUACGUCCGGGAGUUGAAGGAGAACCUCCAGAUGGACGCAGGAAGGCUGGACUGUCUGUUCCCCCGCUUGGAAAACCUCCUUGACCUUCACACAAACUUCCUGUCUCGUCUCAAAGAGCGGCGGCGAGAAAGCCUCGUCCCGCCCAGCGACAGGAACUACACGAUCAACAAGCUGGCAGACAUCCUGAUCGCACAGUUCUCAGGUGAAAUCGGAGAGAAGAUGAAGGACAGCUAUGGAGAUUUCUGCAGUCACCACCCUGAAGCUGUCAGCUACUACAAAGAUCAGCUGCAAAACAACAAAAAGUUCCAAACCAUCAUCCGAAAAAUCAGUCACCUGUCUAUUGUGCGGCGGCUCGGAGUGACUGAGUGUAUUUUAUUGGUGACACAGCGGAUUACAAAGUACCCGGUACUAGUUGAGCGCAUUCUUCACAACACUGAAGCUGGUACGGACGAGCAUGUGGAUUUGACUCGGGCGCUGGGUCUGAUCAAAGACACCAUCGUACAGGUGGACACGUUGGUUAAUCUCCACGAGAAGAACUCCAGGCUCAGAGAAAUACACAGCAGGAUGGAGCCGAAGGCGCAGGGGAAAUUCAAAGACGGUCGUGUCUUUCGGAGGGAGGACCUUGCGCCGGGCCGGAGACGGCUGCUUCAUGAGGGCACAGUCAGCUGGAGAGCUGCUUCAGGCAGACUCAAAGAUAUUCUUGCCGUGCUGCUGUCAGAUGUGUUGCUUUUGCUGCAAGAGAAAGAUCAGAGAUAUGUAUUUGCUGCAGUGGAUAACAAGCCGUCAGUUAUCUCUCUCCAGAAGCUCAUAGUCAGGGAGGUUGCCCACGAGGAGAAAGCCAUGUUUCUUAUCUGUGCCUCUUCCAAUGAGCCGGAGAUGUAUGAGAUCCACACCGCCUCCAAGGAGGAGCGAAACUCAUGGAUGACGCAAAUACGACAAGCUGCAGAGAGCUGUCCUCACACUGAGGAAAGGCUGUUCAGUGAGGAAGAAGAGGCCCGAGCUUCCAGGUUUAAAGAAUUUCGAGAACGGCUAAGCCAGAAGGAUGCAGUGAUCACGCAGGCGCUGACCGAGAAGCUUCAGCUGUUUGCGGACAUGGCCGAGUCUGUGGCAGGGCUGGAAGACACAGCGUCGCGCUCCAGACUUCUGCUUCGAGGAGACUUCUCAGACCUCCAGCAGGGGGAGGUCCUGCUCAAAGGAGCUAUCACUGAGGUGGAGAACCUUCAGAACCUGCUGCAGUCUGGAGUGAGGGAGGGGCCUCCUGCACCCGCCAGGUGGGAGGAAGGAAACGGCUCUGGGGUUCUGCCCAGGCGAGCCGACACCUUUGGGGGCUAUGACAGCAGCCCCGCCAUCUUCAACAAGAAUGGCAGUGUGAAGAAGAACUUUUCUGGCGAGUCCAGAAACAGAGACAGGAGUCAAAGAGCCAGCUCUGACCCUCAGCUGAAAGACCUCAGUGGCAGCCACGCCCUGGAGCAGACGGUCGACGAGAGCUCUCCUGCCCGAUGGAAUCGCAUCUGGUCCGACUCGUUCCCAGAGGCUGAAUUCUUUGACAGAGUGCUGAUGCUCUCACAGAGGCUCUACAGUCUGCAGGCCAUCGUUUCACAGCAGGACAGUCAGAUCGAGCUGCAGCGGGCCUCGCUGACGGAGCGGGCCUCCCUGCCCGGCCGCCACAAGGGGAACGUGCUCCUGGAGCAGGAGAAGCAGCGGACUCUGGCCUUGCAGAGAGAGGAGCUGGCCAGCCUCCACAAGCUGCAGUCGCAGCACCGGCAGGAGCAGCAGCGCUGGGAGAAGGAGAGAGAGAGGCACCGCCAGCAGGUGGAGGCUACCGAGGCCAGGCUACGACAAAGAGAGGAGGAGUGCAGGAGGACGGAGGAGCAACUGGCAAAAGAGAAGGAGGAGUUGGACAUGCAGAGGGAGACGUACCAGCAGGACCUGGAGAGACUGAGAGAGUCCACCAGAGCUGUGGAGAAAGAAAAGGAACGCCUGGAACACCAGAAGAAGAUCAAGAGGAAGACCAUUGAGGUGGCUCCCCUUUCUGGAAGUCUAAAUGGAGAUCUCCUCAUGUCCUCUGGGUCCACCGACUUGCCUCCGAAGCCGCUGGUGCGUGGCAGCAUGUCCGUGGCACAAGCCGACUAUCCGGAGCGUCCCGAGGUGAUAGUGCGACGUGAGACGGGCUCCUCGACUUUGCCGCUAAAGACGGAGGUGCCGCUCCAUCUCUUCAGCACCACCAAUCAGCUGCACAAGCCGGUCGGGGUUCAGCAGCAGAUCCCCACCAAGCUGGCAGCAAUCAACAGCGGCAAAGGGAAAGGAAGCAAGAGCGGCAAAGCGUCGCAUCGCACCGACAGCACCGCCUCGCUGGACAUGAAGCAGGUGCUCCCACUGAAGCUUUCCACCAAAGAGGACAACGCCCACAAGGUCAAGCGCUCCGUCAGCCCCCACCAGCAGGUCCCGAUGUCGGCCCCUCCUCAGUCGCACACCCAGCAUCACCACGCAGAUCAGCCCAGUUCUCUAGACAACGCUGGACCAGACAUCCAGUCUGCCUCCCACCCUCCAAAUGUUCAGAAGCCCCCCAUGCUUCCUGCACAGUCCCAUCCUCAACCCUCCGUGCAGCCUCCCAUCAUACCUCCCCACUCGCAGAGCACCGGCGCUCUUCAGUUCCACUCCCCCGUGCAGCCGCAGAGCCUCAAUCCCAGCGCACAGGUUCAAGGGCUCAGCCACAGCAUGCCGCCGCCCUACAAGUUCACCACAGAGGACCUCAAUAAGGAGGAUGUCAUCUUCUUCUGAACUUACGAUAGAGGAAAAAAACCAGUCCAGGGAUUGAUGGUGAUCCCCAUUAAACCAUUAGGCCCAUUCCGAAGAGCACCUUCCAUGCGAUCAUGUGAAUGCAGACGCAUUGUUUCAGUAAGGCUGGUGAAGUUUGUUGCAGGGAGAAGGGCUGCAGUGGUUCACACACGGAAAGAAAGACAGCGUUUGUUUUUAAUAACCCUCAUCUGGCCCUAAACUGCCAAUAUUAGUGUAAUCGUUUAAUCUUAUUUUAUUUAAUUUUUAGUUUUAUAUCUAAACUUAAUUGGCUGAAUCAUGAAGGAGAGACCUUUGUGAAAACAAAGGCUCCUUCCAGAGUGUGAAAAAAAGGUGUAAAUGAAGUUUUAGCGAUCCAAAGACAUUAGCCGUGAGAGCUGAACCAGGAUGUGACUGAAAGGAAGAGAAACUGUUGUUUUUUGUCAAGAGGAGUGAAAUCAGGAGAGUCGGUGAAGCGAUGAAGAUCUUACGGCACCUGGAACCACGUAAAAGAAACUCUUAAUACACAAACACUGUCUGCUCGAUGUUUCAUUUGCACAGUGUAAAUACUUCAGCCCAGACUGAUGGAUGAACAGACUAACUGUGUACUGUUUGAUUGUACAGCUGUUAAAAUGAUGAAGCUUCCUUUCAUUUUGUUAUUUGUCUUAAUUGUGUUUAUUGAUUACGUCCUUGGUUUGUCGUCUUUUUAUGAAACCCGUCUUGUCUAAGCUGUCGCGUCCUGUUACUUCAUUUCAACCAAGUUUGGCUAAUUGUGCAACUAAUGAAACUCAUGCAGAGUGAGACAAACUUUGUCACGUAGUUUGAACUCUGGCAUCAUUUUCCCCCAAACACUGCGUGUUGAAUAACAACAAAUAAAUGUUUCAUAAAUGUUGCUGACUCUGAAACAUAACAAAUACAAAUUUAUUAGCAUCAGCUUUAAUUUUAAGGCUGUAAUUUUCCCACACUUAUACUUAUUCAGGAAGCUAAUUGAAGAUGUCUGAGUUAGUCCCCACUUUACUGAGUUUGUCUCACCGCAGGAAGCCCCUCCCCACCCCCAUCAUCACUUAAUGAGUCACAUCUGUAUGAAACAUUUGUUAGUGGAGCUCGAGUGGGUGUACUGUACAUUUCAUGCUGGAAGCUAUUUUAAAAGCAAUCUUUAAACUGCUUUAGUUUUCUUUUCAGUAGCCGGAAUAGAAAAAUAAGACAACAUAUUGGAAUGUAACCAUUUCAGGAGAGGAUGUGGGCUUCAGACACUGAAAAGUAUCAAAUAUAUCGUGAAAUAGAACAAGUGGUUACAAUAUAACCCCAGUUCUCUGAGUAAAGAGACCACCUGUCCAGCUCCAUAUAUAUGGAAUAUACAGGGUGGACAGGGAUUCUUGACUACAUUUAGUUACAUUGCAACCCGGGCUCUCUGAGUGGACACAUACACCCGACAUAUUCCAUAUAUACAGAGCUAGAGAGAUGCUCUGGACACAGUGGAGAACCGUAUCCUCUGCUGUCUGUCUGGAGAGGAAAAAUGUCAAAGGAAUCAACCGUGUCUGUUUGACGCAGACAUAAAAACGUGCUGUAGAUCACAUUCACCCUGUCAGCUUUUCCAGUAUCAGAAUUUGAAUAAGAUAAACGAUCACACAGGAGUGAAGCGGCUUAAAGGUUCUUUAUUUUCCAUUUCAAUCCACAUGAGUCUUAUUAUUAUUAUUAUUUUUAGGUUUAAUGAAAUUUUAAUCUGUUUUUGAAAUGUUUUUGUCACUCGAGCUCAUUUUGAUGACUUUACAGUUUGUAAGAAAAAAAAAAGUCUGGCUGGGGACAUUUUAGCCAGUUCAGGUUUGAGGUAAACGUUUUGAGGUUUGAGUUUCUGUAUUUAUUGUUGAAGACGUUUCAUCAGCCGUGUCUUAAAUCUCUGUGCCUGCCUGACAGAAGAGCGAUGCUGUGACAGCUGUGGAGGUACAGCCAUCGUCUGCUGUGGUUUGUUCCUCUGCACGCGUGGGGAACGUCAGAGUUUGUUGAUCCAAAAUGAGCUGGUGUCUGAAGCUGUGAUCACAGGCUCGACUUGGAGCAGCUUUUUGUGUAUAUUAUGUAUAUUAUUGUACAUACUGUCCGUUAUGUGUAUUUCUGUAUAUACACUUAAAAUACACACAUGGCUGUCUAUGUACAAUCUGGUACUGUUUCACCUUCCUGAAUACAGUCUUGGCAGAAAUCACAAUCGUUCAUCAUUGUUGUGUAAACGAGCGUAUUUAACCAGCGGCGGUACUGCCUGUCGGCUCUCUGGUACUAGUCACAGUUUCACUGAGUUCAUGGAUGAAAUGAUCCACUUGUUUCAGUUGGUUAAACCAAAGAUGCGUUCAGCUGACUGGGCUCUGUGUCGUUCCUGCAGGGAGUGUCCGUGCUUUCUAACAUUCACACACACAAUCAUACUCCGAUGGAUGCAUCUGAGAGCAAUUUGGGGUUAGCAGUAAAGCCAGGAGUCGAACCACCAACCCUCCGAUCAGUAGAUGACCUGCUCUACCGCCUGAGCUACAGCCACCCCCCAUUUGCCGCCUCAUCUCAAAUAUCGCUUUAGUCACAAAUGAUUAUUGGGUUAUUUACAUUUUUAUUCACCUAAUAUGUAGUGUGUGAGUUUCUUGUAUUUAUGGACUGACGCUCACGAGUUUGGCACAACAAGCAAGUUCACAGGUUGAUCAGCCAGCUUGCUCUGGUGGUUACUUAGCAGGUGAGACUCGAUCAUGAAGAUCAUGUCAGCUGAAAAAGCCACCUAAGCUUUGUCACACUUUUCGGUGCGUCUGUAUUUCUGUGUUUUCAGCUCGUGUACGAGCGCUUUGCUUCUGCUCCAGGUCCGAGACUUUAAUGAAACCUCAAAGGGGAGAUGAAGGCUGCCUUGUGGUUCAACUCGAGUCUUAAAUGUUGCUUCGCUGUAGUCUCGUUUCUGUUUUCCAAUGUGGAAGCCGGUCAGUCACGUCCCUGUGUACGGUGUGUGUGGAAACAUUUUGAAAUGGAUUUGUUGUUUUGCUUUGACACAUAUUUGUUGGACCUGUAAUGUGUAAAUACUUAUUUUAUUCCCUCUGCCAACUUUACACUAGUCACUUUGGAUAGUAGCAUACUUGAAAGGGAAAAUGAAUGUUCAGAAUGCGUCUUUGUUGUCAUGUGAACUUUUGUUUAGUGAAAGCUGUCUAAUGACGUUUGUAGCACACGGCAAAACUGAUGCUUUUUUGUACCGUUUUAUUUUAUUCACUUUGCAACAUUUAGAAUGACCUGCGGACACAAACUGCUGAAUUAG